CAAUCAUGCCUUUUCUUGUGCGCUUCGCAUUUAUUGUUUCUCGGAGCGAUGCAUUGAGUGCGGGGCGACAAGACGCGUUGCAUACCGACAGAGAUCGAGGAGAGUAGGCUAAUUACGGGACGAAUUGUCUACUACAGAACGCAUAUAUUGUAUCCAUUAGUUUGCAAUGUUCUGUCGAAUAUUUGGCAGAAAGCAGUUGAGUAUUUACCUACGUGUUCAGGUGCGCAUUUGAGCACAUUUUCUCUCCAAACCAUUGAAAACAACAUUAAUUCAGUGUCUGGAAUAUUUACGGAUAUUUUGCACCAGGAUUUUGUGUCAUUUGGUAUUCCCUCUACGUCUACGAAAACAUCAACAACCCCUUCUUUGGUUAAGGGGCGGGGGAGGGGUCAUCAACAAGAAAAGUCACGGGGAUAGACUCAUGUUUUUGUUCAGUCACAUGUAAAAGCAGUCGGUUAUUGCUGUUGGACAUAAAUAAAGCACACGAGGUAAAUCGUUUCACAUUUUACCUGCAAAGGCUCCAUAGAAGAGGACUACAACGGUAUUCUACUACGAAAACAACAUCGAAAUAUCUAUCGAAACAUCAAAACAUGAACUGCCCAGUCUUACGAAACGUGUUCGCUGGUUUGCUCCUCGCACUGCUGUCGAGCGGGCCAAGUGUGCACGGAGCCGAAUUCGGCCCCCUGCCCGACAACAUUACAGUGCUGGAAGGAGAGAGCAUCAUUCUGAGGUGUAAAAUCGACGAGGAGGUGACCCACAAGGCGUGGUUGAACCGCUCAAACAUCCUGUUUGCGGGGACAGACAAGUGGUCGCUGGACAGACGGGUGUCGCUGGUCAACAGUAACACUAGUGACUUCUCCAUCCAGAUAGAGAGGGUGGAGGUGGCUGACGAGGGGCUGUACACCUGCAGCUUCCAGGCCAGCAACAAGCCCCGCAUAGCCCACGUCUUCCUCAUUGUCCAAGUGCCAGCCAGAAUCGUCAACAUCUCCCAAGACGUGUCAGUGAACGAGGGGGGCAACGUAUACCUCUUCUGUCUGGCGGUAGGACGACCUGAACCCACUGUCACCUGGAAGGAGAACAAAUAUGGUCUAAUGAGUGAGGGGGAGUUCCUGGACAUAACAGAGAUCAAGCGCCAUCAGGCGGAGGAGUUUGAGUGCAUCACUAACAACGGAGUGACGCAGCCCGACAUACGCAAGGUCAAGGUCACCGUCAACUACCCUCCCAUGAUCACAGAUGUGAAGAACAUGCCAGCCCAGCUGGGAAAGACGGCCAUUUUGCGCUGUGAGGCAAUGGCAGUACCCACAGCCUCCUUUGAGUGGUACAGAGACGACCGCAGGCCGGUAGAGAGCGAUAACACUCUGAGGAUCAAGAACGAGAAGACGCGCUCACUGCUUCUCUUUACCAACGUGACGGACAAACACUUUGGCAACUACACUUGUUUUGCCUCCAACAGGCUGGGAGCCUCCAACGCCAGCAUGCUGCUCUUCCGGCCAGGAGCCGUGUACGGGCGAGGCGUGGCCGUCAACGUGGGGGUGAGUGCGGGUGUUGGCUUUUGGCUUUGCCUCUCUGUCUCUCUCCUGAUGAAGGUCUAAGAGCUUUUCCCAGAAGUCCCAUCCCGCCUGCGGAAGGAAGAAGGAAUUUAUUUAAUUACGAACCCAUCACUGUGAAACAAAAAUAAUAUGCAUUAUUCCAGGAGCCAUUGACGCAUCGCAUCUCACACCCACACCAACUCCCCCCUCGCUACCUAUAUUGCCACCAUCACCAUACCACUCUCUCUCUCUUCAUCCUGUUUCCAAUGAGGGUCACCAUGGUGAUGUCUAUAAUGUGUUUAGUAAGAAUGAUAAUUGUGAUGAUGAUGAAAACAGAUAUUUAACACCAGGAUAAUACUAUUACAAAUCUAAAUCAUGACCGAUCUACAAUAAUGUUCAUGGACGUUUGGAAACUCGGAGUGACAACACAACUAUUUACGGUUGGAACUACUCUAUAAUGAAAAUGAUUUGUUAUUCUGAUGAGGGUCACGUGACCUUGUUGAAAGCUGUCCAUUGGCCCAUUGCUCCUGUGACAUUUGACCCUAUGAUCAUACAAGUACCAUUUUAUUCCGUUUUUAACCAUGUGGCAGUGUAUAUGACGCGGCUGCUGCGAAUGAUGUCAAAACACACAUGAAGGGUGGGCCGUGGGAGUUCUAUAAAGCCUUUGCCCUUCUAGUGCAUCCCUUUGGGAUCUCAACCAAGAAGAAGCAUGUGAGAAGACCCACUUCACCCCCCCCCCCCCCCUCCAUCCACCCCCCACCCCUCCUUAAAAAAACUUGUCCUCUGCCCACCCCCUCCCCCCAUCGAUAAGGUGGUUUGUGCUCCGUCCCGUGUGUAAAUAUAAUGCAGUACAGAGGCCAUGCCGUUACUAGAGGCAGUCUAUCCACAUCCAACCCUCCUUGGUUGGUGGCUAAUGUAGUGGCUAAUAAAAUCUAAAAUAUCCCGCAAAAAACUACAUUACCCAUCAGCAUCUAUUACAGUUUUUGUAACCAGGAAGGGACUGUAGAAAUAACAAUCGUGUCUCCUGCUUUGAAGGCGUUGACCAGUCAUCCUCCUUCCUUGUCGCUUGUUGAUAGCAUGUACCGGUUAGAGAUGUUUCUGUCGUGAAACCUCCCUCCCACUCCCCCCCCCCUCCCCUGUCCGUUUUACUCUGCAAGGUUAAACUGCUAUAACUUUUUUGGUGUUGAUAAUAAUACUGAUGAUGUUAAUAAGUAUUUAAAUAAAUAUGAAAAGUAAUUCCAUGUGAGAUAAAAAAGAAUACAUACUACUCCAGAGCUGACGAGCCGUGUGUGCUAAAAAUAUUUUGUACUCAAUCCCUCGGAGAAAUCACACUCAUUGAACUGAACGACAACGACAAAAGACGAAGUUGUAAGGUUUUCAAGUUGUGCUCUUUUUUGCCAUGACAAGGAUUUUAAAAACACAUGGAAGCUGAUCCCGAGGGAGUCUUUUCAUCCGAGAGAGUCCGCAGUCAAUGAAAUGUAAUAUUGUUUGUAUACAUGUAUGUAUUUAAACCUUUGUUUUCAUGCUGUUAACUGUAUAAAGCACAUUACACAUAUUCAA